AUGUAUACCAAAACGAAUAUUCCCUGGUUCUCGUUCCUCCAUCUCAUAUUAACCAUCAAAUUCUUGAUUAUUCUCCAAGCCCGAAAUGGAUUGAGUGGGCCCGAAGACAUGUACCAGAGCUGCGACAAAACAUUUAGUUGCGGCGAAAACAUCACCGAAAUCGGUUACCCUUUUAGGGGAAUCUCCGACCCUGAACACUGCGGCCACCCAAAUUUUGUCCUCACAUGCCAUAAUGGUAAAAACAACAUAACCAACAUCGAAAUCAUGGGCGUGGAGUACCGUGUCCUGGAAAUAGCACAAUCCACACAGACAAUGACUAUUGCCAGGGAGGAUAUAAUGGAGGAAACCUGCCCCACGGAAAUGAAGAACACAACAUUGGACUACUCGACCUUUGACUUUGGCGCUGUUUACCUGAAUAUCACAUUCUUCUACGGAUGCCCACCACCUGUUAGAGGUGGUUUCUCCACUGAUUCUAAUUUCUCCGUUCCUUGUGGGAAUAAUGGCGAAGAGGUAUAUAUUACGCCUGGAACUUAUGGCCCCGGAAUGUGUAGAGAUAGUGUGGUAGUUCCAGCGCCUGUGCCUCCUGAAGGAGCAACACAUCUUCCGAAUAUAACGGAAUUGGAUCGGAUUAUGCGGCAGGGUUUUUUGGUUAGGUGGACGAUCGGUAGCCAAUUAAUGUGCGAUAAUUGUACGGCGUCAAAGGGGCGGUGUGGGUAUGAUCUUGAGAAUAACAAGACUACUUGUUAUUGCCCUAACUCGCCGUAUGUUUCUAAUACUUGUCGCAUCUCUGAAAUUAUUGGGACCCCACCUCCCUUGCCCAACGGCAAUGACACCUCCUCACCUACUAAGGACACCUCCUCACCUACUAAGGACACCUCCUCACCUACUAAGAUACCAAUAUUACCCCUGGCCCUGGGUACGUAUACUAUUUCUUUUUACUUCAAUCAAUUAUGCAAUAUCAUUUCUUGUUUUUUCCGUGGUUUUUCUAAUAAACAAGAAUCAAAAUAUUGGUGA